AUGGAGAGCUACACAUUUGAGCAAAACCUUGAGUUGUGCCACUUCUGUGAGGCCAGCCAGCAGCUCAUGGAGAGAGAGGAGCAUCUGUUUGGAGAAGCAGACACAUUUAAACAUCACGAGGAAGAAGCAAGCAAGCUGGCUGCAGAUUACAUGAGGCUGAAGGACCUCGUGCAGCAGACUGUAAUGCAGAGCCUGACUGGCAGCACAGCUGAGGCUCUGACAUCUGCUGUCAAGGCCAUCUGCCAGGAGGACAAGCGGGAUGAGCUGUGGAAACAGAGAGGUCACCCAUGGCCAGUCUGGAGGCCCUGCAAAUGGAAGGAGCUCCACAUCUCUGCGCUCUCUAGCUUGGUGAUGGAGCGCAUGGACAAGCCCUCGCCGCUCCCUGCUGUCAAGGAGGCGGUCCAGUCGUCUCUCCAGGUAGACGUCAACAGCAUGGGCAAGCAGCUGAAGGACGAUAUGCUGCUGGUGGUGGAGGACGUGAAGAGCUGCUACCCACCAGAGAUGGACAUCUGUAACUGUUACGCCAAGUUGUAUCACAAAACCUUCGGCACCAAACUCCAAAGGAUUACAGACUUCGGUCUGGAUGACAAGGACUGUUGCUUCCUCCUGCGCUGGGUGAACGAGUAUUAUCCACUAAUCCUUCAAAACCAGCAGCUGGCCACUGAGAUCGAUAUGGAAGCGUUGGGAGGGCUGCUGCCUGCAGAGAUACUAACACUUCUGGAGGACCAGUACCUGAACACACAACAGGUUGAGCUGGAGACUUACAUCGGCCGUGUCCUGGAGGAAACAGAGGAAAAGUGGAAGAAAGGAGAGGAACCAAAAAAAGAGGACGGCUGCUUCAUCAGUACUGUUGCUCAAGACAUUGUUCAGAUCACCAAUGGUAUGGUGACGUCAGCUGAAAAAGUGGUGCUAGAACUGGACAAGGCCAAGAGAAUAACAAGCCAACUGCAUGUUUUGAUGCAAAGGUUCAGCACCUUCCAAGAUAAUGUGAUAAAGCAGGACAGAGCAAACAGCAAGGCGAUUGUCAAGGCGAAUCUCCACUGCAUCAACCAGUUCGAGGACUUCCUUUUUAAAAGGAGCCAGCUGUUCCCAGAGCCUGUGCAGAAAAAAUGUUUGAGUAUCCUGGCUCACAUGAGAGAGUCUGCGCACGAGUACUUAUUAAGGAAUGUGCAUGCUUUCCUCCUG